AUGACACGUCUGUUAAAGUUCAAUCAAUCUUUUGAUAUAUCAACAAAAGGAUUAAGUUUUGUGCACAAGACAACACAUGGAAUCAAAACAUAUUUGUUGCGUCAAGGGUUUCUUUUUUCAAACUCGCCAUCAAUUAAUGUCGAGCAAUUUUUUUCUCUUCUUUGUGUCUUCGCAUUAGCUAUGAAGAAAAUUGAUUUAUGUGGGACGACAGACUUGAAAUUUCCUUUUCCUGAAGCUUUGGAAAAAUAA